ACUGAGUGGGACUAACAUAACUUCUGUGUGUCCAGACAUUGCACGGAGGAGAUAGGGCUGGAUAUGCCACAGGUGGAAAAGCGGGGAGCGGCAAGCUGUUGCCCGGUGCACGGAGCAGACAUCCCCAGGUUUUGAAGAUGUGGAGCUGGGCAUUUACUUUGACCGUCCUCCUCCACUCCAUUAAAAAGGCUGAAUCUCAAGGUAGAUGCAACAAUGUUCAAGGAGCAGAUAUUGUCUUCCUCGUGGAUGGCUCCUCCAGUAUUGGCAGAGCUAACUUCUUGCAGGUGAAAGGCUUUAUGGCUGGCAUUGUAAAGCCAUUCGCCAGUGCUGUCAGCGAGACAGGGAUACGAUUUGGGGCCAUUCAGUACAGUGACACCUCCAGAGUUGAAUUUACGUUCACUACGUACCUGAAUGGCACUGAGCUGGUCAAUGCUGUGCAAAAUCUGAACUAUAAGGGCGGAAACACUCGCACUGGUGCUGGUCUGAAGUUUGUUGCUGAUAACUUCUUCAACCCUGCGACCAUCCGAAAUGUUCCAAAGAUCACUAUCCUGAUCACAGAUGGGAAGUCACAAGACAAUGUCCAGGAGCCAGCACAGAAACUGCGCAGUCAAGGAGUGUUUGUUUUUGCAGUUGGUAUAAAGAGUGCAGACAGGAAUGAAUUGGCUCAGAUCUCCUCGCAGCCCAGCAGUGAUUUCACCUCCUUUGUUGGGGACUUCAAACUGCUGAACACACUUCUUCCUCUUGUGAGCCCAAGAGUGUGUUCGAAAGCAGGAGGAGUGUAUGCUAGUGAUGAGGCCUUCUCUGGUCCCUCCAACAUCCAGUUCACAAGCCAGACGUCUGACUCUCUUAGGUUUCGUUGGAGUCUGGCAGGGGGGCCUGUGAGUGGCUAUGUGGUCCAGUACGUCCCCCUCUCUGGACUGGGUCAGCCUAUAACGUCUGAACUACGCCAGGAGACCCUGCCUUCUACUCAGAGGAACUUUAUUGCUCGAGAGCUGAGGUCAGGAACUGACUAUCUGGUGACUGUCAUCGCCCAGUACCCCAACAGUGUAGGGGAGUCUGUCUCUGCCAAGCAAAGAACCAGGUCUCUGCCUGGGGUCUCCAGUCUACGUCUGAUUCAGGCAGGCUUCUUCUCUCUGUCUGUGGGCUGGGAUCAGCCUUCAUCUCCUGUUCAGGGCUACAGACUGACUUAUGGGCCACGAGGUCAGCCCGCCCCUCAGCUAUUGGAGCAGUCUCUGUCUGCAGACUCCACGUCUGUCACGCUGGAAUCCCUGCAGCCCGACACAGAGUACGUCAUCAGCCUGUACCCACUGUUUCCCCGAAACUCUGCAUCCCCGUCCAUCCUCAACGCCCGCACAUUGCGCCUGGAGGCUGUGCAGCAGUUAUCAGUGGAGACGGAGUCAGAGGGCAGCGUUCGUGUGCGGUGGAGAGGCGUCAGUGGUGCUAGAGCCUACCGUCUGGUCUGGGGACCGUUUACAGGUCGAAACGUGGAGACUGUGGAGGUUAGUGGUGACAGCGAGUUUCACACUUUGUCCAGACUGCAGCCCGACACUGAGUACAUCGUCACAAUCAUCUCCCUGUAUGAGGGGAACACUGAGGGACCUGUAGCAACUGCCAGGUUCAAGAUAGAGCGUCAGGAGCAGCAGGUCCUGAGAGCAGCGACCACCGGCCCCUCCACCAUUCGCCUCACUUGGAGGGUCAUUCAGUCGUCUCGAGGGUACCGCCUGGAGUGGAGGGAGGGGGAAGGAGGUCGUGUUCAGACCUUGUCUUUCCCCAAAAGCACUUCCAGCCAUGAGCUAGCAGGCCUUCAGCCAAACACAGAAUAUAUCAUCACUCUGUACACCCUGUACGAGGGUCGUGAGGAGGCCACACCUGUCUCCACUGCAUCAAGAGAGGAACAGCCCGUUGGGACGGUGUCUAACCUGAGGGUGGUGGAGUCUCUGGGCAGCACAGUCCGACUUGGCUGGACCGGUGUAGCUGGGGCUACACAGUACCGCAUCAUUAUCCUGAACACAGAGACGGGAACAGAGGAAAUCAGGAGUGUCCUGGGAAACCAGACGACUCUUGACCUCAGAGACCUGACAGUUGGAGUAUCUUACGGUGUCAGUGUCACAGCGCUGGUGGGAGAUAAUGAAGGAGAACCUGUUACUGUCUACAUCAAACCAGAGCAAAGUGCUGGCAGAGUUACAGACCUAAGAAUAACACACACAAACAGUCGAAGAAUCCGAAUUGCCUGGACAGGUGUAACAGGGGUAACAGGAUACAGGGUGACCUGGAGACAAGGAAACAGUGCAGAGCAGUCCCGUAGUCUUGGGGCAGAGACCACAGCCUUCACUGUAGAUGGCCUGCAGCCAGAUGAAGCACUGGUCAUUGGUGUUGCACCUGUGGUUGAUCAACGUGUCGGAGAGGCAACCACUCUUUCUGCUCGCACUAACCCCCAUGGAGGAUCAGUGUCCGGCCUUCGUAUCGUUGAUGUCACAUCACAAAGGAUUCGCAUUGCAUGGUCACCUUCCACCCGGGCAACAGGCUAUAAGAUCACUUGGCGUCGUGAUGAUGGAGUUGAAGCCACUCGUAAUGUUGCGGCCGACAUCACUUCUUACACCAUCGAUGGCCUGCAGUCAGAUUCAGCCUACAGUGUGUUGGUUUCUUCACUGACCGGCUCUCGAGAGGGUAGUCCUUCCACCCUGAAUAUCAGGACAGAGUCAGAUCAGACUGUGGUCGGGACUGUGACAUCACUGCAGGUCCAGGAGACUCGUGGAGAGGUUGUUCGAGUCACUUGGGUCGGUGUGCAGGGAGCGACAGCUUAUCGAGUGUCCUGGAGGAGAACUGAUGGUGGUGAAGAGAGGAGUCAGUUGGUGGGGGGAGAUGUCACAGCAGUGGAUUUAGAGCAGUUGGAUCCUGGAGCCCAGUAUGAGGUGCGGGUCAUGGCUCUGGUACAAAAUCGAGAGGGAAACCCUGUGUCUGUGAGAGUCACCACACCUGGCACCACCACGCCUCAACAACAAGCCACAACUUUACGCGUGGCUGAGGUUACCCAGAAUUCUGUGCGGCUCAACUGGAAUCCCCUGCGAGGGGUCACCGGAUAUAUCCUACGCUGGAAAGAUGAGACAGAUCUUGGUCGUGGCUUGUCCGUUACACUCCCUGCUACGUCCACGUCCUACCAGGUGACUGGGCUGCGUUUGGGCAGGCAAUACCGCUUCACCAUUCAGCCAACCUUUCAGACUGGCUUAGGAACAGAGAGCUCAGUGGAUGAACACCCUGUGUGUGUAGGCGGGCGUGUGGAUGUGGUGUUUGUAGUACCAGCAUCUACUGACAGGAUUCGCCUUGCAAGACCUCUGCGGGAUCUCCUCACCAGUGCAGCCCGCUCACUCAACACUAUCGGGCCUCGGGACUCACAGGUUGGUGUGGUAGUGUACGGUUACAGACCCAAAAUCUGGUUCCUGCUUAAUCGCCACAGCCGGUCUGACACGCUGCUACAAGAGAUCCAGUCCACACCUUUUGACGAAGGCCCAGGGAACAACAUUGGAGAGGGUGUGACCUUCACCAGACAGUACCUCCUGACCCCCGCAGCUGGACGCAGGCCGAGGGUCCCCGGUGCUGUCGUCAUCAUCUCAGACCAAAAAUCCGCUGAUAACCUCACUUUGGCAGCCAGCAGUCUGAGAGCUACUGGUGUGACAGUGUUGGGAGUUGGGAUAGAUCAGGCAAAUAUAGAGGAGCUGCGUCGAGCAGUGACGGACGGCAGCACCCAAAACAUACUGUAUGUCCGAAGUGAAGCACAACUGGAAUCAAUACAUACUGAUUUAGCAGACUUGCUCUGUGGUAUUGCCCGAAUACCAGAGGUAACACCUGGACCUGACCAGUGCACCAUUCAGUGCCCUCGGGGAGAAAAAGGAGAUCGUGGAGAGAGAGGUGAGAGUGGCCGGGAUGGAGCAGAGGGACGUAAGGGUGAACCUGGUCGGGAUGGUUUGCCUGGAAGGGAAGGUCCCAGAGGACCUGAAGGACGUCCAGGUCCUCCAGGCCCAGCUGUCCCCUUUGGCCCAUCAGAGGGGGUGAAAGGAGAAAAGGGGGAGAGGGGUUUUCCUGGAAUUGAUGGAAGUCCAGGAUUGCCAGGACGGCCUGGUGCCCCAGGAACUGCAGGGCUCCCGGGUUCACAGGGCUUGCCUGGUAUCAGAGGAGACCCAGGUGGACCAGGUGUGGCAGGUCAACAAGGACCAAAGGGCAGUAAAGGUGAAAGGGGUGAACCGGGCUCAGCUGUAUCUGGCGGGGGUCUUCCAGGGAGAAAAGGAGAGCCAGGAAUCCCAGGAAUACCUGGCACUCCAGGUCGACCUGGCAUUGAUGGGACCAAAGGUUCUCCUGGAAUUCCAGGGACACCCGGUCAGGAUGGUCGUCCAGGUAUACCAGGAACACCAGGACAGUCCAUCAAGGGGGAGAAGGGCAACACAGGAGAGCGGGGACCUCCAGGAGUUGGCAGUGGAGUGGCCGUCAAGGGCGAGAAGGGCUCACCAGGUGCUGCAGGAGCUCUGGGGGCUCAGGGUCCUCAAGGGCUGCAGGGACCACAGGGCAGCAAAGGAGACAAGGGAGAUGGUGGUGAAGGUGCACCUGGACCUCCAGGCAAGCGGGGAGAGCCUGGUGACCGGGGUCCCCGUGGACCUCCAGGGGAAAUUGGUCUCAAGGGUGACCGAGGACAGCCAGGUGAGCCUGGGUCACAGGGAGACAGGGGAGAGAGAGGACCUGCUGGUGAAACUGGGGAGAGAGGGGACCAAGGGAAGCCGGGUCUUGCAGGAACACCAGGUUUAAGAGGGUUACAAGGACCCAGUGGACCUCCAGGGGAAAAGGGAAACGAAGGAGCACGAGGGGAGCCUGGCAGGAGUACUCCAGGUUUUCCAGGAAAGAAAGGAGAACAGGGUGAGCGAGGUUCCACAGGUCCUGAGGGGCCGAGGGGAGAAAAAGGAGAUUCAGGACAGAAAGGAGAAAGAGGUGCUCCAGGGUUAGGAGGGUCUGGUGUUUUUGGACCCAAAGGAGAUCCAGGCGAGAGAGGGCCAGCUGGUAUCAAUGGCAGGCCAGGUGCCAAGGGUGCUGCAGGUGAAACAGGAGAGAGGGGGGAGAAUGGACAGCCAGGAUCACCAGGAAAACCUGGCUUUCCUGGGAAAAAUGGAGAGAGAGGAGAGAAGGGCGAUGAGGGCACACCUGGGGAGUCUGGACUUCCGGGGAAACCAGGAGAGAGAGGACUAAGGGGACUGGCUGGUCAGCCAGGACGACCGGGAGAGAAGGGAGACAUGGGAGACCCAGGAGAGCAUGGACGAAAUGGCAGCCCUGGACCUGCUGGAUCCAGAGGAGAGAAAGGAGACAUGGGCCCUCAAGGUCCUCCAGGGCCACCAGGAAAAGUGGCUGACAUCCAGGGCCAGCUGAGAGGAGAAAAAGGAGAAAGGGGCGAAGCCGGCGACCCAGGAGAGCAUGGUGGUAAAGGUCAGAAAGGCGAAGCGGGGACUUCCGGAGCUCCAGGCCUCAGAGGCCCUGAGGGACAACGCGGGCCUGCAGGCACAAGAGGUGACACAGGAGAAAGAGGAGCACCCGGAGAGAAGGGAGAAAGAGGAGCUUCUGGGUUAGAUGGACGUUCUGGGCUUGAUGGUAAACCAGGUGCUGUCGGACCGCCUGGUCAGAGGGGUGAUCCUGGAAAACAGGGUGAUCCUGGGAGAGAUGGUUUACCUGGACUAAGAGGAGAGCAGGGCCCCCCAGGACCUGUUGGGCCCCCAGGUGCUCAAGGGCCACCUGGUAAAACAGGAGAAGAUGGCAAACCUGGUACUCCUGGAAAAAUGGGUGAGGAUGGCGUGCCAGGUGAAGAUGGGAGAAAGGGUGACAAAGGAGACUCGGGAGCAGCUGGAAGAGAUGGCCGUGAUGGGCAGAAAGGGGAGCGAGGCAUUUCUGGGCCUGUGGGCCCCCCUGGACCAGUAGGAUCUCCUGGAGUACCUGGAAACAUUGGUCCUCCUGGACCGGUUGUUUAUGUCAAAGGAGCUGAAGCAGCACCAAUUCCUGGUCCUCAGGGUCCUCCUGGAACCCCUGGCGUACCCGGGAUACCCGGAGCUGUGGGAGCCAGAGGGGACAGAGGUCUGCCAGGCCUAAAAGGUGAAGCUGGAGACCCGGGAGAGGACGGAGUGCCUGGAAAACCGGGAACAGCUGUGGAUGUGCAGAAAGCUCUGGCUAGCCUUGGCAUUCAGGUGUCUGAUCUGAAGGUGGUGGUGGACAGGAAAGACAUACCACCGAUCCCUACAGUGCAGAAGGCAGAGAAAGGUGAAAAAGGAGGCAGGGGUGACCCUGGACUAAGAGGACCAUCUGGUGCAGAUGGUGCACGUGGUGUACCAGGGGAGAGAGGAGGCAAAGGGGACCAAGGAGAGCGGGGUCCUGCAGGAGCACCUGGGCCUCCAGGAAGAGCUAUUGGUGAGCGAGGGCCAGAGGGACCCCCUGGGCCUGCUGGAGAGCCAGGCAAGCCUGGAAUACCAGGAGUGCCAGGGAGAGCAGGAGAACUGGGGGAAGUUGGAAGACCAGGAGACAAGGGGGAGAGAGGCGAGAAAGGAGACAGAGGGGAGUCUGGUAAAAUGGGGCUGACAGGACCAGCUGGCCCACCAGGUCAAAAGGGAGCAUCUGCUGACUCAGUCCUGACUGGUACGCCUGGGGCCAGAGGCCUCCCUGGAGUUGCGGGACAAAAGGGAGAGCCUGGUGCUGCAGGACUUCCGGGACCAAAAGGAGACCGGGGUUUUGUUGGACCUCGUGGUGAUAAAGGGGACAGAGGAGAGUCUGGAGAAAGAGGGCGUGAUGGUGCACAGGGAACACCAGGAGAACCAGGAAAACCUGGUCUGGAUGGGAAGCCGGGCCUGCCUGGGUUCCCCGGAGUACUGGGCAGACCGGGAAACCCAGGAGAACCUGGCAUAAGGGGCCCAACUGGCCCUAUGGGUCCCAAUGGGCUUCCAGGUCCACCAGGUGUGAAGGGUAAUCAAGGAGAGGCUGGUGUUGGUGUCCAGGGUCCUCCAGGUGCCCAGGGUAGCACAGGACGGCCGGGACCGCCAGGUCCUCCGGGAGCUGUAGGUCCACAGGGUCCUCCAGGACUGCCCGGGCAGGUGGGUGAAGCAGGUAAACCAGGAGUCCCUGGAAGAGACGGAGUACCUGGCAAAGAAGGAAUACCUGGGCUACCAGGAAAGCAGGGUAUUGCUGGACCCCCAGGCCAGCUGGGCUUAAAAGGAGAGCAGGGAGACAGCGGUGCUCCAGGGAAGGCUGUGGCUGGACCUCCUGGACCUAAAGGAGAGAGGGGUCUGCCUGGUCAAACCCUCCCAGGCGUGGCGGGUGAGCGAGGUCUAGCCGGAGAAAAGGGUACCAGAGGAGAUAAAGGUGUUGCUGGUUCCAAAGGAGAGAGGGGAGUCGCUGGUGAAGCAGGAGAGCCUGGAGAAGAUGGUGCUCCAGGAUCUCCUGGGCCAAAAGGAGAUAAGGGGGAGAAAGGAAUCGGUCUGGCUGGACCUCCCGGUCGAGACGGUCCUCAGGGGUUAAAGGGAGAUCCUGGUCUUCCUGGUCCAGCUGGUCCUCCAGGGCUUCAGGGGAAGACAGGAGGUUCAGGACAACCUGGCCCAAGAGGAGAAGCUGGACAACCAGGACCUCCAGGUCCACCAGGGGAGAGGGGUCUCCAGGGAUUUGCAGGCCGAGCUGGCAAUGUUGGACCUCCUGGUCCUCCUGGACCUUUGGGACAGGCAGGCGUUCCUGGCAUUAAUGGAGUCAAAGGGGACAAGGGGGAAGUCGGCGUAGGGAUUCCUGGUCCCAGAGGAGAGAGAGGAGAUGCGGGGCCCAGAGGAGAGGAGGGUCGGGCUGGCUUGGAUGGAGAGAGAGGGCCAACGGGUCCAGCAGGGGCUCGAGGAGCUCGGGGAGAGAAGGGAGAUGCCGGGCUGCAAGGUGACAAAGGAGAGAAGGGGGACACAGUGCUUGUGGGAGGACCUCCUGGAGAAAAAGGCAACAAAGGAGAAACAGGUGACAGAGGACCUAAAGGUGUGCAGGGAGAAAAAGGAGUGAAAGGUCAAGAGGGACCCCAUGGGGAGCCGGGUCUGAGGGGAGAGCUGGGAGAACGAGGAUCCACUGGAUUUCCGGGUGCCCGUGGCCCUGGUGGACAGAAGGGUGAAGCUGGACAACCUGGAGUACCCGGUGAAUUGGGUCUACCAGGAAAAGAUGGGCUGCCAGGACGUAAAGGGGAAGUGGGAGAGGCUGGCAUUGUUGGAAUGAGAGGAAUAAAGGGUGACAGAGGACCCAAGGGAACUUGUGGAGGCGAUGGACCCAAAGGAGACAAGGGUGAUUCUGGCAUCAACGGACGACCGGGUCUACCAGGAAGAAAAGGUGAACAGGGGGAGCUUGGUCCUGCUGGAGCCCCGGGGGUACCUGGAAAAGAGGGAAUAGUUGGUCCCAAGGGUGACCGUGGGUUUGAUGGAUUAGCAGGACCUAAAGGAGCUCAGGGAGAGAAAGGUGAAAGGGGUCCUCCUGGGGUCCCUGGUCCUCCUGGACCAAGAGGAGCUGAUGGACCUCCAGGUCUGACUGGCCCUCAGGGACCAGCUGGUGCUAAAGGUCCAGAGGGACUCCAAGGACAGAAGGGAGAAAGAGGUCCAAUUGGUCCAGCUGUGGUGGGUCCACGAGGUGUCCCGGGAAUCCCAGGAGAGCGUGGGGAGCCGGGAGAGAUUGGUCCAGAUGGAGCCAAGGGAGACAGAGGAGAGCCAGGCAUGACGGAGUAUGAGGUCAGAGAGUAUGUUCGCUCCGAGAUGAGUCAGCACUGUGCGUGUGGAGGUUCAGGCUCAGUAAGCCGCUCCCAGCCCACGGUCAGGGCUCGGCCUGCAGCGGAAGCACAAGUGGCCCUGAAGGGUGAAGAGGGCCGUGAGCUGCGUGUGGUGGUUAACACCAACGACCCAGACUACGAGCACAUUUACUCCAUUGAGGCUUACGAUGAGCCCCUGGACGAUCUGCUCCUCUUCAUUCCCUCUGCCAACCAGAGCGAUGGUGAGGCUGUCACAACCGGCAGAAAAGUCAAAGUUGAAGCAAAGAAAUCAGCCAGUGCUGGAGUUCAGAAAGCAGCAGUUCAUGGUCAGAAAGCAGUCAAAGUAGCACCUGUCAAAGCAGUGAGGCCAAAGUCAGUCAGGCCCAAGAGGGAGGUCACAGGGGAAGCCUUGGCAGACCUGUGCCUGCUGCCCAUGGAGGAGGGCAGCUGUGGGCGAUACACUCUGCGCUGGUACUUUAACAGUCAGGUUCAGGCCUGCAGGCCCUUCAUCUACAGCGGCUGUGAAGGAAAUGACAACCGCUUCCUUCAGCUGGAGGAGUGCGAGGAGGCCUGCCUCGGGGAGUUCAGAGGUCCCUUGAAGACAGCACGGUGAUUGUGACCUCAUCAGCUACAGGAAUUUUGCCUUUUCAUUGCUUUUUCUUGAACAUCAUUUGGUCAAGAUUGUUUUUUGUUUAUUUAUUGUUUCUAUUAAGCUGAUCAAACUUCCACCAAGGCUGUGAGGGGAUACCAAAGCACCUCCUUGUUUCACAUUCUAAAAAACAAGAAAAAAUGUGUUGUUUAUUAGGUUAAAAAUGCUUCUGUAGUUGUUCAAUGAUAAACACUUAGAUGCAACUUUUAAUCAGCCUUCACCCUUCUCACAGUUUAACUUCACCAAAGUAUCAAGGUGCUUCAGGACCUUUUUCCAUUUCAUGCUGCACAAAUAAGAUAAUAUGAUUUCAUCUGCAGACAGAGAGCGAGUGGACAAAUGGUGUGACACCUUCCAGUCUAAUGCAAUAAUCCUUCUGUAAACACCAAAAUUAUGAUCCUCUAAUGACCAUAACAAAAUAUCUGAUAGAAAUCUCUCUCUGUUUAGAAAUGAUGAUUAGCAAAUUAAGUUCAUCCCUCAGAAAGACACUUCUCUGACCUCAUGGUUUGGUAUUUGCAGAUCUUUCUUCUAGCUUUUUAAACGGCUCAGAUUUUCCUCUUAAGAGUUUUCAGAUUCAGACUACAGCUUUACUGUGUCAGACAUACUGUAGGUAAAGUGAAUUUACUAAAACAGAUAUCCUUUUGUUGUACAAUUAUUCAAAUUAGAAUAUUUAAUCUGACCAAUGACAUAGAUGAGAAAAGGUUUAAUGGUAACCAGUGUUCCACUUUGUUAGUGAAAGUUUAUUUCCUAAUCAUUUCAGUACCAUUUAUGUAAGGCACAAUAAUCUAUCUGGCAAUCUGAUCAACUUUUUCUUUACUCAAGGUUUCUUUUGACCAUAAAAUAGGUCACAGGUAAACAGAUCUCUGUCAUGCGCUGCCUCUUUCUAUGUAUAACUGUAUCAUCAACCAACAUAAACAUAAAUCUGCUUUAGCACCAGGGAACACAUGUAGACCCCAGUGACACUCACUAAAAUUAUUAUAAUGGUACAUUUUUUUUAACAAACACCAACACCUUUCACUAGUUACUGAGGGAACGCUACAUCAAAAUGUGUUUUGUUAUUAUGCUGACUCCUGCAGACUGUACAAUACAUAGUAAUAAACAAAAUACAUAGUCCAUAAACAGCACUUCACAUGUUGUUUUUAUGCUCAUAGCUUCAGUUUCAGCUCCCACCAGUUACAAAAGGAAACUCCUUAGAAGUAUCCAUAAGGUCUGUUUUAAAUAGCUCUCACUUAAUUAUUACUAUUAUUAUUUUAAUCCAAGAAAUGAUCACCAGGAAAACAUAUAAAGGGAAUCCUGUCUCUACACUAGCUGCAGCGCUGGACCUGAAGAUUAUACCCUUGAAAAAACAAGUCAGAUUUGCUUCUCCUAUGCCAUUUGUAUUAACAAAGCGGGUGUAAAAAGAACUGUUUUCAACUUAGAGGACUGUGAGCACCGCAACAAAAAAACAGGACAGUGAACACUGAAAAUGCUAGGCUGCAUUGGUUUUGUAUUAAAAAUGAGUGCUGACAGUAUACAAAAUGGAGGCCCAGAAAGUGUGCAGGGCUGUCCUUUCUGCAGACUGCAACUCUCAGACACUCCCCUACUGUGAGACACCACUUGUUGUCAGGAUGGGAGUGAAGUAAAUUGUUGGUAGGACGUAUUUGACGUUUUAGGUCGUUUUCAUACCUUAUGGUUCGGGAGACUCUGUUUGAUUAGGGGCUGAAAUUUUGACAAAUUUGCACUUUCAUGUGGUUUGGUCCUUUUUCACAUUGAACUUGGUAACAGUGAUGAGGAAGACGAGCUGUCCAGAAUGUGUAAAUCUGUAAUUUAUUAUGCUUUAUGUCACUUCAUGCCUUUGGUUCACAAGUUGGUCCGCUUUGCUUUUUAAAUGUCAAACAAACCGCACCAGCAUUCAUUUAAAAGGGAACAGAGACCCCUGUCUUUAAGUGGUUUCAAACAAACCUGACUAUCCAGGGAAAUGACCCAGGAUUCAUUUAAAGCAGACCAGACAGCUCUGGUGGGAAUGCGACCUCAGAAGUAGUUAUGCAAACAGUGGCCAGCUUCACUAGAGUUAUCUGCAUUAGUUUGUUUAAUGGAGGAUGAGGUUUUUGUGUAAACAACUGUUAAGUCGACUAUUUUUAAUGUCUUGUGAUUAGGUUUUGCAUGUCAGGUUUGUUACUUUAAAAGAUUAGAAGUCGGUAUUAAAACUGAUUAAGGUUUUACUGUUGUUCAGGCCGGUCCUAACCAACCCUACUGUAACCCUAAGCCUAACCCUAUGAUCCUAAAUUUGCCCAGAAGUGUAAUCCCAUUUUAUUUAGAAAGUUUUCGUAUGUCUGUCCUAAUGGUGGUUGUGUCUGACAGCAGUGGUCUGCAGAGACAGACAUCUUGAGAGCAGUGGUCUGCAGCCAGACUGUCUUGUUUCUAGGAGUUUUUUAUGUGUGCUGCUAAGGAUAAAUUUUUAAAAUAGUAGUUAAUGUAAUCUUUGUGAGCAUUGAAACAUAAAUACCAACUGGAUAAAUCUCCAAUAUUAGGUGGAAUAUUAGGUGGAAUUGAAGCUUUAUGUGAGUUGAUGACUUUUAGACUCUGCAGUCAGUGUUUGGAAAAAAAAAUUGUGCUUUGAUAAAAAAAAAAGUAGUUUUUCUUUAAAUCCCACUUAUUAAAAGUUUAACAUAAAGUACUCCAACAAAGCACAACAAAUAUUAAAAGAUAUACAACUGCUGGAACAAAGACAGAAAAAAGGUUAAUAAUCUACACAUAGCUUCAGCUCUUAAUGCAUCACACAUCUUAUUUUUACUGAACUGCCCUCUAGAGAAGAAAUAACCCCAGAGUUUUUUAAACUUACAUUGUUUUGUUUUGUAUUUCUUUAACCAUAAAUUCAAGAAGCAAAUAGUUUUCUAUUUGGAUUAAAAUAAUACAGCAGAACUUAAACAACUUUAACUGCAAGUGUCUACCCCAAAAAAAAAUAUAUAUAUUUACUCUCUAAACAACAGAUACCUUCCUCACUCUUCUUUUCAUAACAGCUAUGCAAACACAACUAUAUUGGGUAAAUAUAAUGGUGAAAGUUUCCUCAUUUGUAAUAAAUAUGAAGAAUCGAGCACAGUGUUCUGCCAAUAUUUUGUACAUAAUGUGUUUUUAUUGUUUGGGGAAGUUGUGCUUGUGAUCACGACUGCAUGUUUACCUGCCAGAAAAAAGGUGCUAUUUUUAAAGGUAUUUUUAUAUUGUGUAUUGA